AUGGCACCGACUAUAGAGCACUCGCUGGUUAGCAGAUACAAACGAAUUAUGCUAACACCUCGAACCAGCUGCGAUUAUUAUGAUGAUGGCGACGGCAACUGUGACUCGUAUUCAUCAUGGAAUAGUUGGGGCCGGUGGGUUGCGCUCGUUGUAAUCGUUUUAGCAUUCGUCUUCAUCGCGCUCACUUUCUCAUGCUUUAACAACCGUCGCCGCCGCCGCAUGGGUGCCCCUCCAAUGUACGGAACUGCCUGGAUGCCCGCUCCGAAAUACAAUCAACAGCAAAAUGGCUACUAUGGAGGACCUGCGCCGCCAUAUUCCGCCCACCCGGUGGCGAAUCAAGCUACGGGCACGACUUUCAAUUCAAAUGAUGGAUACUAUGGUCACCACGGGCAGGGCAAUGGGGGAAUCGAGUUGCAACAGCCGCAGAACGUGUAUACGCAUCCGCAGAGGGAGGUUUAUGAAGCGCCAAUGGGACCACCACCAGGAAAAGGCGAUGGGAUUAUUCACUAG